AUGAGCGCUUGCUACGACGCGUGCGAGAACUCAUCCGUCGCAGUACUCGAAUCACCUACAGGUACCGGUAAAUCGCUCAGCUUGUUAGUUGGAUGCCUGACUUGGCUAAGGGAUUAUUCUAUACGCUCGAGGGACUCUACAAUUGAUCGUUUGAGAGAGGAUUUGCUGGCUAAGAAAGGCAACAAGCCUGCUUGGGUCAUUGAACACUCUCUCAAACUCAAGCGAGAAGAUUUGGACAACGAAUUGAGGCUUAUGGAUGAAAGACUUGCUGCUGUCAGGGAAAAAGAGCAGCUACUGCGCAAACAUACUGUUAAAUACGAUGACGACAACGCACGCAAGAAGAUUAGAAUUGACUACGACGAUGCAGCUGAUGACGACCAUUUUCUGCCAGACGAAAACUGCCAAUCCGAAAAUGACGACAUCAAUGCCGACGCGAAGGCAAUGCUUGAUGAAUUCGAUCUCAACUCCUCCAAAUUACACUCUUCCAAGCAAAACCAAAAUCAAAACCGCUCCAAGUACAUGGAAGCAGCAGAACUGCAAGAGCAAGAAGUGGACAGAACAAAGAUCUUCUUCGCAUCGCGCACCCACUCCCAAUUAUCUCAGUUCAUCUCCGAGAUAAGCAAGACAUCAUAUCAAGAGAACGCGCGGGUGAUAUCGCUAGCAUCGCGCAAGAAUCUCUGCAUAAACAGCAAGGCAAGGAAUGCACCGGGCGGGGACGCUGGACUUAAUGAGCGAUGUCGCGAGCUCAGGACUGCGCCUGCAUCGAGUGAAAAAAGGUGUGAGUUCUAUCCUAAGAUAGAUGAGCAAGGGAGACUGCUCGAGUUCCGCGAUCACGCUCUAUCUUCUAUACGCAAUGUAGAGGAUCUCGAGGAGCUUGGUAAGACACUGCACGUCUGUCCAUACUACGGGUCGAGGAGAGCAAUCAAGCAGUCAGAGAUAUGUACUCUGCCUUACAACCUCCUUCUUUCCAAAAGAGCGCGGGAGUCCCUGGGUAUAUCAUUGAAAAACCACAUAGUCGUGAUAGAUGAAGCACACAACCUUAUCGACACAAUACUCGCAGUACAUUCAUGCAGCGUCACAAUGCGUACGCUCAAUGCAGCAAUCAAUGCACUGUCCACAUACAUGCAGCGCUACGGCAAGCGUCUCAGCGGCCAGCACCUGGUAUCGCUCAAGUUGUUUGCCAAAACACUUAAGGGCCUGAUAGUGUUUUGCGACAAGAUGAAAGCGCAGCGCGAGACGCAAAAAGCAACGCCGAGGCAAAAAAACGACAAGCAGCCACAUCCACAGACACAGACACAGGAAGAAAUAUUCCAACCCAAAGACGUCGUCGAAGGGUUCGGCGAGGAUGUCAAUCUCGGUAGUGUAGAAGCUUACUUGCGCGAUUCGCAUAUGUCUCAGAAGCUGGGAGCAUUCGCCGAGAGGGAAGCUAAGCAAGACAGCCUAAGAAAGCCCUACAACAAAGAUAGUAAAGACAGCACAAGCACUGAUAACGUCAGCUUCGCAUCUGCAAGUUCGAUGCAUCACGUGCAGAGUCUGCUACUCGCUCUCGCCUAUCCGGACAGUGAUGGGCGAGUAGUGGUAACGUUCGAAGCGGACACCGUGCGACUCAGCUACCAGCUUUUGAAUGGUGCUGAGCAUUUCAGGAGCAUACUUGAUGAAUCACGCGCUGUUAUACUCGCUGGUGGUACUAUGCAUCCCAUAACUGACUUUAAGACAUUCCUCAUGCCUUCACUGCCCCCGUCCCGGUUCACCAGCCUCAGCUGCGCUCAUGUCAUACCUCCUUCUCACCUCCUCGCUACAGCUCUAAGCAAGGGUCCUAGUGGCCUAGAUAUGGAUUUCAGAUACGAGGCGCGAUCUAAACCGGAGCUGAUGAAUGAGCUGGGAAUGAUCGUGCAGAAUCUAAUCAAUUUAGUUCCAGAUGGGCUCGUUAUCUUCUUCCCUUCGUAUGGAUACCUCAAUUCUGUCGAAGCUCAUUGGAAGAAGAGCGGUGUGAUAGGACGUAUUGAACAGAAAAAGAAGCUCUUCCGUGAACCUAAAGAAGCGGCGGAUGUGCAGAUCACUUUGGAUAAAUAUACACAGGGUAUUCAAUGCAAAACUGGUAAAAUUACUGGAUCCGUCCUCUUCGCUGUUGUAGGCGCGAAGCUUUCUGAAGGUAUCAAUUUCUCGGAUAACCUCGCACGCUGUGUCGUCAUGGUUGGCCUCCCAUUCCCCUCACCUUCACCUGCAUUAGAGGAGCGAAAGAAUUACGUUCGAAGCUUCACUAAAUCAUCACAACACGAUGCGGGGAAUGAAUUGGUAAUGAAUCAGUGCAUGAGAUCCGUCAAUCAAUCAAUUGGUAGAGCUAUUCGACACCAGAAUGACUGGGCGGGUUUAGUGCUAAUCGAUAAACGAUUUGGUACCUCGCAAAUUCAAAACAAGCUACCAGGUUGGAUCAACAAAAGUAUGACAGUAUCCCAAACAUUUCCACAAGCCAUUAAGAACAUAGCACCAUUCUACGCACGUAAGAAAAAAGCUAUAUAA